AUGGAGCUUGCCGGUGCCCGGGAUCUAUGGAACGGGGUUGAGGAUCCCGUAGCGCACCCUGCUCAAUCAAAGAAAGCGUUGUCCAUCAUCGGGCUAAACGUUGAGGACCACCAUUUGGGGUCGAUUGAGGAUUGCAAAACCGCAAAGGAGGCGUGGGAUCUCCUUGAGAAGACCUACAAGAGCAAAACCAAUGCAAGGAAGAUGCAGCUCAGGCAAGAGUUGCAUUCUCUCAAGAUGAAGUCGGGGUUUGAGGAGUCGCCUAAGGAAAAGGGCGGCGGUGGGUCGGACUCCGCAGUGGCCUACGUGGCCGGGCGGAAAGGGAAGGAGAAAGUGCACGGCAAGGAUGAGAACCGGGGCAAAGGGCCCAAGGUCAUUGAGGGGGUGUCGACCGACGAGUGGCUCGUCGAUUCGGGUAGCUCCCAACACCUCACCGGGGACAAGAGCCUAUUUGAGACCCUCGAAAUGUUCGGGGGGAGUGGCCGAGAGUUCACGUUCGGGGACAAGGGAACCCUAUGGGCAGAGGGGAGCGGCUCGGUAGAGCUGCGGUGUGCGACACCGACCGGAGAAAGUCUGGUCACUCUGCAGAACGUGAUGUAUGUCCCGAGGGUGGCGGCGAAUUUGAUCUCGGUGAGCAAGGCCACCGAGGUUGCGUCAAUGCUGUUCAAGGAGAACGGCAACUGCGAGCUUGAGGUUGACGAGGAGGUAGUCCUUGUGGCUCGGAAGGUGAAGGGGGUCUAUGUGGUCAACCGCGCGGAGAAGGAGACGUGCUUCCUUGUGAAGAAGCCGGAAACGGCGGAGCUGUGGCACCGACGGUUGGGACACGCCGGGUACGAAAACUUGGCGAAGAUGGUGCAGCGCGACCUUGUGGAAGGGGUCGGGGUGAAACCGAGUGCGUUCAGGGCGCUUAAAACCUCGGUGUGUGAGCCCUGCAUUAUGGGGAAGCAAACUAGGCUCCCCUUUCCCGGAAUCCGACUCGGUGAGCACGGAGCCUCUUGA